AUGGUAAAAAAUGGCCAAUUCACAAGUCAGCUGGCAAAUGUGAUUUUUACGCUCUGCGCUCAACUGAAAACCUCCGGCAUUAACUUUGGAACAAACGCAUCGAACGGCGGUGCCUUUCGCGCGCGCAUAUUUAUAUCACGUCAUCCUAAUGGCAUCGUUAAUGUACCGCUCGUUUGGACGACGUCACGCCGUGACCUGCGGAUGCGCAUCCCUAUGAAAACUACACCGACAUGCUAUGAACUGAACAAAGUGUUCGUGUCGCUUCGACAGGCCUGCUGCCGAGACAACGGUCAACUGGGGACGCCAUGCAGACUGAAAAUCAUGGAGCUUGUCGAACUGCGUGCAAUGCACUGGCGGAGCAAUCUGGCACACAGUCAGUACUAUCUCAAACGUCCUGAACAGCAACAAGAGCCGCCUGUCACCCCACAGCCGAUGACUUUUCUGCCACAAAAUCCUCUAUUCAUGCCGCCCGAAACGCCACCAGCAACACAUCCGUCAAAUGCUGGUUUUUAUUUGAUUCCCGCCUCGGGUGGUUGGAUGCCACCGCUGAUUCCCGGGAUACCACCAAACCCAUUCAUGCCACAACCAUUGCUGACACCUGAAGCCGUAUUGAUGCGUCAACGAAGUUUGAACAAAAAG